CAGAAGAAGAAGAAGAAGCAGGAUAUCCAUUUUGAAGUGACGUUCGCUUGCUCCGAUCUUGUAGGUGGCGGUAGAUUGCAACAAACGUAACCACCAUAACCGCGCUAAACGACUCCGCAGAAGAAGCAGGCAGAAAUAGUGGCCUCCUCCUGAACACAUCGAGGAAUGUUUGCCCUUUCUUUUAGUCGCCUGUUAUUACAGGCUCUUCCCAAGCAACCGGUCACACCUAGGGCUACAGCACAAUGCAUCAGAAGUCUGACAACAUCUCAGCAAGAAUCUCUAAAGAAAGAUGAUAUACCUAUUAAAAUGGAAAACCCAUACAAGUCCCCUCCGAAAACUUGCAUCCUGUGUAAUGUAACUGUAGACUUCAAAAACGUUCAGCUGUUGUCCCAGUUUAUUUCACCACACACAGGCAGAAUAUACGGCAGACACAUAACAGGCUUGUGUGGUCGGAAGCAGAAAGAGGUAUCGAAGGCAAUAAAGAAAGCUCGUUCAAUGGGUUUUAUGUCAGUCACUCUGAAGGAUCCACAGUUUAUUAAAGACCCUGAUAUUUGUGGUAUCAAACAUUUUGAAUAGGUUCUGUAUAAAGACCGACGCUGCAGACCAUCCUUUUGUUUCUGUAAAUCUGUGGUUUGUAAAAUGGUGAAAAAUAAACAAUGGAACAUAAUUAUAAUAACCUGAUGAACCAGAAAAUGAAUAAAACUCAUUUAAAUAAAAACACCA